AUGCAGGUCCGUAGCCAUGCUCUGCACGCCAGCCUGCUCGUCGGCAGAAUCUGGGGUGGCCUCGAGCCCUCCUGCCUGCUCUGGGAGACGCCACAGCCUGGGCUGGACCCUCAGACAGCCCUCCUGUUGUGCCGGGCUGCUUUGCGAGAGCCUCAGGUGGGUCUCCUGCAAGCAGUCAGCUGGCGGGACCCGGAAGGAGUAAGGAAUAACCUGGAGCAGGAGCAACCUCCAAAUAACCAAGGCCAGUCGACGCUGCAGCCGUUGCCACCUCCUCACAAGCAGCACCCAGCCCAGCACCACCCAUCCAUCACCUCGCUUAACAGGAACUCCCUGACAAAUAGGAGGAACCAGAGCCCGGCGCCGCCGGCUGCGCUGCCCGCCGAGCUGCAAACCACACCUGAGUCCGUCCAGCUGCAGGACAGCUGGGUCCUCGGCAGUAAUGCGCCACUGGAAAGCAGGCAUUUCCUAUUCAAAACAGGAACAGGGACCACACCGCUGUUCAGUACUGCAACACCAGGGUACACGAUGGCAUCCGGCUCGGUGUAUUCCCCUCCGACUCGGCCACUACCUAGGAACACUCUGUCCAGAAGUGCUUUUAAAUUCAAGAAGUCUUCGAAGUAUUGUAGCUGGAAAUGUACUGCCCUCUGUGCUGUAGGGGUCUCGGUGCUGCUGGCAAUACUGCUAUCCUACUUUAUAGCAAUGCAUCUGUUUGGCCUCAACUGGCAGCUGCAGCAAACUGAAAAUGAUACAUUUGAGAAUGGAAAAGUGAAUUCUGAUACUGUGCCAACACAUCCUGUAACAGUACCUGCUGGAGAAAAUGGAAAAGUAGGAGGAUUUGCACAAGAAAACAACACUAUAGAUUCUGGAGAACUUGAUAUAGGCCGAAGAGCAAUACAAGAAGUUCCCCCUGGAAUUUUCUGGAGAUCACAACUCUUCAUUGAUCAGCCACAAUUUCUAAAAUUCAAUAUAUCUCUUCAGAAGGAUGCACUGAUUGGAGUAUAUGGCCGAAAAGGCUUACCACCUUCACAUACUCAGUACGACUUCGUGGAGCUGCUGGACGGCAGCCGGCUGAUCGCCAGGGAGCAGCGCAACCUGCUCGAGGCGGAGCGAGCGGGCCGGCAGGCCAGGUCCGUGAGCCUCCACGAGGCCGGCUUCAUCCAGUACCUGGAUUCGGGCAUCUGGCACUUGGCCUUUUACAACGACGGGAAGAACGCGGAGCAGGUGUCUUUUAAUACCAUCGUUAUAGAGUCCGUCGUGGAGUGCCCCCGGAAUUGUCAUGGUAACGGGGAGUGCGUUUCUGGGACGUGCCAUUGUUUCGCCGGCUUCCUGGGCCCCGACUGCUCCCGAGCGGCCUGCCCCGUGCUGUGCAGCGGCAAUGGGCAGUACUCCAAGGGACGCUGCCUGUGCUACAGCGGCUGGAAGGGCACCGAGUGCGACGUGCCGGCCACCCAGUGCAUCGACCCCCAAUGCAGUGGCCGGGGCAUCUGCAUCAUGGGCUCCUGCGCCUGCAACUCGGGCUACAAAGGAGAGAACUGCGAAGAAGCUGAUUGCCUGGACCCAGCCUGUGCCAGUCAUGGUGUUUGCAUCCACGGCGAGUGUCACUGUAACCCAGGCUGGGGAGGCAGCAACUGUGAAAUCCUGAAGACGAUGUGCCCCGAUCAGUGCUCUGGCCAUGGGACGUACCUGCAAGAGAGUGGUACCUGCACCUGCGAUCCAAAUUGGACAGGUCCAGAUUGCUCCAAUGAGAUCUGCUCCGUGGACUGCGGCGCGCACGGCGUCUGCAUGGGCGGCUCGUGCCGCUGCGAGGACGGCUGGACGGGCGCCGCCUGCAACCAGCGCGCGUGCCACCCGCGCUGCGCCGAGCACGGCACCUGCAAGGACGGCAAGUGCGAGUGCAGCCAGGGCUGGAACGGCGAGCACUGCACCAUCGCUCACUAUUUGGAUAAGAUAGUGAAAGCAGACAAGAUAGGAUAUAAAGAGGGCUGCCCCGGGCUGUGCAACAGCAACGGACGGUGCACGCUGGACCAGAACGGCUGGCAUGAAAAAAACGGGCGGGGGGCCGGCUGCGACGUGGCCAUGGAGACGCUCUGCACGGACAGUAAGGACAACGAAGGAGAUGGGCUAGUGGACUGUAUGGAUCCCGACUGCUGUUUACAGAGCUCUUGCCAAAAUCAGCCUUAUUGCCGUGGCCUACCUGAUCCCCAAGAUAUUAUCAGCCAAAGUCAACAAUCGCCAUCCCAGCAAGCUGCCAAAGCGUUUUAUGACCGGAUCAGUUUUCUCAUAGGAUCAGAGAGCACUCACGUCAUACCCGGCGAAAGCCCUUUCAACAAGAGUCUUGCAUCUGUCAUAAGAGGCCAGGUACUAACUGCUGAUGGAACACCCCUCAUUGGUGUCAAUGUCUCCUUCUUACACUAUCCAGAAUAUGGAUAUACAAUCACUCGGCAGGACGGAAUGUUUGACUUGGUAGCAAAUGGUGGUGCCUCCCUGACGCUGGUAUUUGAACGAUCACCCUUCCUGACACAGUUUCACACGGUGUGGAUUCCCUGGAAUGUCUUUUAUGUCAUGGAUACCCUGGUCAUGAAAAAGGAAGAAAAUGACAUUCCUAGCUGUGAUCUGAGUGGAUUUGUACGGCCAAACCCCGUUAUUGUGUCAUCACCUUUAUCUACCCUCUUUCGAAUUUCUCCAGAAGAUAGUCCUAUCAUCCCAGAGACACAGGUGCUUCAUGAAGAGACUACAAUCCCAGGAACUGAUCUGAAGUUAUCGUACUUGAGCUCCAGGGCUGCAGGAUACAAAUCUGUUCUGAAGAUCACAAUGACCCAAUCCGUUAUACCCUUUAAUUUAAUGAAGGUUCACCUUAUGGUGGCAGUGGUGGGAAGACUUUUCCAAAAAUGGUUCCCUGCGUCCCCAAACCUGGCAUACACUUUCAUAUGGGAUAAAACGGAUGCAUACAACCAGAGGGUCUAUGGAUUAUCUGAAGCUGUUGUGUCUGUAGGUUAUGAAUAUGAGUCUUGCUUGGAUCUGACUCUUUGGGAAAAGCGGACUGCCAUUCUGCAAGGCUAUGAGCUGGAUGCCUCGAACAUGGGUGGCUGGACAUUGGAUAAACAUCACGUAUUGGAUGUGCAGAAUGGAAUCCUAUACAAAGGAAACGGUGAAAAUCAAUUUAUAUCUCAGCAACCCCCAGUUGUUAGUAGCAUUAUGGGCAAUGGAAGAAGACGCAGCAUCUCCUGCCCGAGCUGUAAUGGCCAAGCGGAUGGCAAUAAAUUGCUGGCUCCCGUUGCCCUGGCCUGUGGGAUAGAUGGCAGUCUCUACGUGGGGGAUUUCAACUAUGUUCGGCGGAUAUUUCCAUCGGGAAAUGUAACGAGUGUUUUGGAACUCAGAAAUAAAGAUUUUAGACAUAGCAGCAACCCAGCUCACAGAUACUACCUCGCAACAGACCCCGUCACCGGAGAUUUGUACGUGUCCGACACCAACACGCGCAGGAUUUACCGGCCCAGGUCACUCACGGGUGCAAAAGACCUGACCAAAAACGCCGAGGUGAUAGGAGGAACUGGGGAGCAGUGCCUGCCAUUUGAUGAGGCAAGAUGUGGUGAUGGAGGCAAGGCGGUGGAGGCAACUCUGAUGAGCCCUAAAGGAAUAGCAAUCGACAAGAAUGGGCUAAUCUAUUUUGUGGAUGGGACCAUGAUCAGGAAAGUAGAUCAAAAUGGAAUAAUAUCCACGUUGCUUGGCUCCAACGACCUGACCUCAGCACGACCGCUCACCUGUGAUACCAGCAUGCACAUCAGCCAGGUACGUCUGGAGUGGCCUACAGAUUUAGCUAUCAACCCCAUGGAUAACUCCAUUUACGUUUUGGAUAACAACGUAGUUUUGCAGAUCACAGAAAACCGCCAAGUUCGCAUCGCCGCUGGGAGGCCGAUGCAUUGCCAGGUUCCUGGAGUGGAGUACUCGGUGGGAAAGCACGCGGUACAGACCACAUUAGAGUCAGCAACUGCCAUUGCCGUGUCCUACAGCGGGGUGCUUUACAUUACAGAGACUGAUGAAAAGAAGAUUAAUAGGAUAAGGCAGGUUACAACCGACGGAGAGAUAUCCUUAGUUGCCGGAAUACCUUCCGAAUGUGAUUGCAAAAACGAUGUCAACUGCGACUGCUACCAGAACGGAGAUGGCUACGCUAAGGACGCCAAGCUGAACGCGCCCUCCUCGCUAGCCGUGUCUCCUGACGGCACGCUGUACAUUGCUGAUCUGGGGAACAUUAGGAUACGGGCCGUGUCAAAGAACAAACCCUUGCUGAACUCCGUGAACUUUUAUGAAGUCGCUUCCCCAACUGAUCAAGAGCUGUAUAUCUUUGAUGUCAAUGGUACUCACCAGUACACUGUGAGUUUAGUCACUGGAGAUUAUCUGUACAACUUCAGCUACAGCAACGACAAUGAUAUUACUGCAGUAACGGAUAGCAAUGGGAAUACGCUUCGUAUCCGGCGGGAUCCCAACAGGAUGCCAGUAAGGGUGGUCUCCCCCGAUAACCAGGUCAUCUGGUUGACGAUAGGCACUAACGGAUGUUUGAAAAGCAUGACUGCCCAAGGGCAGGAGCUCGUUCUGUUUACCUACCACGGCAACAGUGGACUUCUGGCAACCAAAAGCGACGAGACUGGAUGGACCACGUUUUUUGACUACGAUAGCGAGGGCCGCCUAACAAACGUUACAUUCCCAACUGGAGUGGUCACUAACCUUCAUGGGGAAAUGGAAAGGGCCAUUACAGUGGACAUUGAAUCAUCCAGCAGAGAGGAAGAUGUCAGCAUCACUUCCAAUUUAUCAUCAAUUGAUUCUUUCUAUACCAUGGUUCAAGAUCAGUUGAGAAAUAGCUACCAGAUGGGCUAUGACGGCUCCCUCCGGAUCCUGUACGCCAGCGGCCUGGAUUCCCACUACCAGACGGAGCCGCACGUGCUGGCGGGCACCGCCAACCCCACGGUAGCCAAGCGCAACAUGACCCUGCCCGGCGAGAACGGGCAGAACGUGGUGGAGUGGAGGUUCCGCAAGGAGCAGGCCCAGGGGAAGGUCAACGUGUUCGGCCGCAAGCUCAGGUGGCGGCCCAGCAGCAAGCUGAUGUCUGUCAACGUCACCUACUCGUCCAGCGGGCACAUCGGCAGCAUCCAGCGAGGGACCACGAGCGAGAAAAUAGAGUACGACGGGCAGGGCAGGAUAGUGUCCCGAGUGUUUGCCGACGGGAAAACGUGGAGCUACACGUAUCUGGAAAAGUCGAUGGUUCUCCUGCUUCAUAGCCAACGGCAGUACAUCUUUGAAUACGAUCUGCUGGAUCGGCUCUCGGCUGUCACCAUGCCUAGCGUGGCUCGUCACACCAUGCAGACCAUCCGCUCCAUUGGCUACUACCGGAACAUCUACAACCCCCCUGAAAGUAAUGCCUCAGUUAUAAUGGACUACAAUGAAGAAGGGCAGCUCCUUCAAACCGCCUUCCUGGGGACGAGCCGAAGAGUGUUAUUCAAGUACAGGCGGCAGACCAAGCUCUCAGAGAUUCUGUACGACAGCACAAGAGUUAGCUUUACUUACGAUGAGACAGCAGGCGUCCUGAAAACAGUCAACCUCCAAAGUGAUGGUUUUAUCUGCACCAUUAGAUACAGGCAGAUCGGCCCACUGAUCGACAGGCAGAUAUUCCGCUUCAGUGAGGACGGGAUGGUCAAUGCCCGCUUCGACUACAGCUACGACAAUAGCUUCCGAGUGACUAGCAUGCAGGGCGUCAUCAAUGAAACCCCCUUGCCCAUCGACCUGUACCAGUUCGAUGAUAUCUCUGGGAAAGUGGAACAGUUUGGAAAAUUCGGAGUCAUCUAUUAUGAUAUUAACCAGAUCAUUUCUACGGCCGUAAUGACUUACACAAAACACUUUGAUGCACAUGGCCGCAUCAAGGAAAUUCAGUAUGAAAUAUUUAGGUCAUUAAUGUAUUGGAUUACAAUUCAGUAUGAUAACAUGGGACGAGUGACAAAAAGAGAAAUUAAGAUUGGGCCGUUUGCCAACACCACAAAAUACGCUUAUGAAUACGAUGUAGAUGGUCAGCUCCAGACAGUCUAUCUAAAUGAAAAAAUAAUGUGGCGAUACAACUAUGACCUGAAUGGCAACCUCCAUUUACUUAACCCCAGUAACAGUGCCCGCUUGACGCCGCUUCGCUACGACCUGAGAGACAGAAUAACUCGACUGGGUGAUGUUCAGUAUCGAUUAGAUGAAGAUGGAUUCCUGCGUCAGAGGGGUACUGAGAUCUUUGAAUACAGCUCCAAGGGCCUCCUUACCAGAGUGUAUAGCAAAGGCAGCGGGUGGACAGUCAUUUACCGUUACGAUGGACUCGGGCGGCGAGUUUCCACUAAAACUAGCCUUGGACAGCAUCUCCAGUUCUUUUAUGCAGACCUUACUUAUCCAACCAGGAUAACUCACGUAUACAACCACUCAAGUUCCGAAAUCACAUCCCUCUACUACGACCUGCAAGGGCAUCUUUUUGCCAUGGAAAUUAGCAGUGGCGAUGAGUUUUACAUUGCCUCAGACAAUACAGGGACACCACUGGCUGUUUUUAGUAGCAAUGGUCUCAUGCUUAAGCAAAUUCAAUACACUGCUUACGGAGAGAUCUACUUUGACUCUAACCUUGACUUUCAGCUGGUCAUAGGCUUCCAUGGAGGCUUGUAUGACCCCCUGACCAAGCUAGUCCACUUUGGAGAAAGAGACUAUGACAUAAUGGCAGGCCGAUGGACAACACCUGAUAUCGAGAUCUGGAAAAGAAUUGGGAAAGAUCCGGCUCCUUUUAAUUUGUACAUGUUUAGAAACAACAACCCAGCCAGUAAGAUACAUGAUGUGAAGGAUUAUAUCACAGAUGUUAAUAGCUGGUUGGUGACAUUUGGAUUCCAUCUGCACAACGCCAUUCCUGGUUUUCCUGUUCCCAAAUUUGAUUUAACAGAACCUUCUUAUGAACUUGUGAAGAGCCAGCAAUGGGAGGAUAUACCACCGAUUUCUGGAGUGCAACAACAAGUGGCGAGACAAGCAAAGGCUUUCCUUUCCCUGGGAAAGAUGGCAGAAGUGCAGGUCAGCAGACGGAGAUCCGGUGCAGAGAAGUCAUGGCUGUGGUUCGCUACGGUGAAGUCGCUCAUUGGGAAAGGGGUGAUGCUCGCUGUCAACCAAGGCAAAGUGCAGACGAACGUGCUCAACAUCGCCAACGAGGACUGCAUAAAAGUGGCAGCUGUUCUGAACAACGCCUACUACCUAGAAAACCUGCAUUUCACCAUUGAGGGAAAGGACACUCACUACUUCAUCAAAACCACCUCCCCCGAGAGCGACCUGGGCACGCUGCGGCUGACGAGCGGGCGGAAGGCCCUCGAGAACGGCAUCAACGUCACCGUGUCGCAGUCCACGACGGUGGUGAACGGCAGGACUCGUAGGUUCGCCGACGUGGAGAUGCAGUACGGCGCGCUGGCGCUCCACGUGCGCUACGGCAUGACGCUGGACGAGGAGAAGGCCCGCAUCCUGGAGCAGGCCCGGCAGAGAGCCCUCGCCAGCGCCUGGGCCAGGGAGCAGCAGCGCGUGCGCGACGGGGAGGAGGGCGCCAGGCUGUGGACAGAAGGCGAAAAGAGGCAGCUGCUGAGUGCUGGGAAGGUACAAGGAUACGAUGGGUACUAUGUACUCUCUGUGGAGCAAUAUCCAGAAUUAGCAGACAGCGCUAACAACAUACAGUUCCUCAGACAAAGUGAGAUAGGAAAGAGGUAACACCCUGGCUUAGCUCAGGCUGCCAAAGAGACCGUGUACCAAGUGUCUUCUAAAAAGGAGACCAAACUGUUUUGCUGCAUUACUACUUGAGCCUAAGCUUACAUCUUUGCUCAGAUUUUUUUCUGUAGCACAAUCCGAACAGACUCUGCAACGAAAGGAGCGCCUUCCAGAAGAAUGAUAUUGCUAAUGACAAAACUUUUUUUUUUCUCAAUGACCUUAAAGGUGAUCUGCUUUAAAGAAUAUGUUUACAUAUGCAUAUCGCUGCACUCAAGUUGGACUGAGAAGUAUUAAAAAAAGAAGAAAAACAAAAAGAAAAAAGGCCUAAAGAUUUUUCAACAGGCUGUCUGUUCCUUUGAGGCACUGUAUUUAAUUAAGAUACAGACCCAUACAGUGUUUCCAAGUAUUACUGAAUUGUUGACCUUUGCUUACAGAAGUAGUCUCUCUCUCUCUCUCUUUUUCUCUCUCUUUCUGCAUAGGAUGUGAUAUAUAUCUGUUAAUUUUAAAACAUGGGGCAAAAAUUACUGUUUAUAGACAACCCAACUGCUUUAAACUGUGCUGCUUUCUAAAAGGACAUUGGCACAAGUGACUUAUGCUACCAUGGGAAUUUAAUAAUGGAUUUUACAAUGCUAACAUGGUUUGCCUUGGGGGGAGGAAUGGCAGUAGAAUCCUUGUUAUAGAUAAGCAAAGGAAACCCUGAUUUUUUUGUAAAUUAUGUGAGACAAGUUGUUUAUGGAUUUUUAUAUGAAUUACAAUUUACUGUACAUCAAAUAUUAGUCUCAGAGGAGUUAAUUUAUGUAAAGUGUUUAAAAAAGUUUAUACUUAAAAAAUAAAAUGAUAAAAAC